AUGGGUGAUCAAGCGGCGUCUAUUCGGCGAAGGGACUGCCUAAAGGCUUUUAUUCUCUCUUCGAAUGUCUCCGCCGAGGCGGAGACGGAGUUUUUCAAAAAAAUCGCCUCUCCUGUUUCCUCAUAUGAUAUUAUCUUUGUCUCGCCAGAGAAGCUUAUCAGCAGUGUGCCAUUAAGGACGCUCCUGAAGGCGCAAAGGCAUCGUUUGGCAAUGAUCUGUGUGGAUGAAGCGCAUUGUGUUUCACGAUGGGCGUACGACUUUAGACCGUCUUUUAUGUAUAUUAAUCGAAUUCUUUCCGAGAUCCUCGCGGAGGAAGGGUCUUUGUCCAAUAAAGCGAUAUGUUGUAAAGCGCAAGGUGUGAAUUCGGAUUUUGUUCCCAUUAUUCCUACAGCGUACCUUUGCUUGACUGCUACUGCCACAAGACCCGUUGUGAAAGAUCUUCAGAGCAUGUUUUCCAUCGCUCAUACAGUUAUCUGUAAUGAUCAAUUUCGACAAAACCUCAUUCUUCAGUCCGUACAUUUGCUUCGUUUGAAUUCCAUGACGUACGGGCUUAGUGUCGACGACAAUCGAACAAGUGGGCCGCCAACAAUGCGUACUUUACAAGAGGCUUUGAUAGAUGCAGUGAAAGAACUUCCGAAGCCGUUGAUUGUCUAUGUUCAGUCCAGAGCGGAUGCUGAUGAGCUAUCAAGGUAUUUAGCUUCUAAGCUAAGCCUGGGGACGGCAAACGAUGAUGAGAGCACCUCAGCAAAAAUAAAAGCUCCUGUUCAGGUUUUUUCAAAGACUAAGAAAUACGAUGCACAAAAGAAGGGUCCAAAUCAUGCGUUAGAGGAGGGUAAUUUUCAUCUUGUCGUUCGUUCUUAUCAUGCGGGGCUUUCCACGCAGCUUCGGAAUUCAAACCAGCGAGACUUUAUUCAUGAUCGAAUUGAUGUUUUAAUCGCUACCGUGGCGUUUGGUAUGGGCAUUGAUAAGCGAAACGUGCGCAGUGUCGUGCAUGCCUACGCGCCGUCUUCGUUGGAAAGCUAUGUGCAGGAAAUCGGGCGAGCAGGGCGGGAUGGAGAGAAGAGUUACUGCCGUAUUUUAUACAAUCCGUAUGAUUUUUACACGCUACGCAGCCGCUUAUGGACUUCACUGGUUUCUCCACAGGAGUUCCGCGCGAUCGUGCUGUUGAUCCUCUCCAAUCCUAUUACCCAGUUCGGCGAGAAAAUCAUGCUGGUUUCGGUCCAAAAAAUCUCACAACAGCUUUCUAUCGCGGAGGAAACGGUGGAGACGGUUCUUUUUAUGAUUCUAGCGCAUAAAGAUCCGGUGCUGCGGGGGGCGUUUAAGGGCAUGCGAGGGAGCUGCCCGUUAGGGUAUCGUGUGAAUCAUUCCACGCACGGGAAAGGAGCGUCCACGUGUGAUUCCGGUGGUGCUGACAGCUCGAACUCUACAACAGCCCCCUCUUCUCCGUAUCGUAAACGUUCUCGUAAAGGGAGCAAGGUUUCUUCCCAUUCGAUUUCUUCCGGAGAGGCAGUGAACGGUGCGGUGGUGCAGAUUUUAGCGCAGCUUCAAGCGGAUGAUCCCGUUCUCGACCUGUUUAAUCGCCGCGAUAUCAUCGCUAAUCAGGUUGACGCCGCGAAUGAGGCAAGGCUAAGCUGGGAAGAUUUUACCUACCGUUGUGCCGAUCUUAUCAACCACGAAAAAAUAAGUUUUACCUUGAGUCGUCUUUCCUCGGCCUACAUUAUCGAAAUCGGCCCAUGUUUUGGCGAGCUUGUUAGCCCUGCUGGUGUGGAAAGAGCCUCUCGGCUUCUUUUUGAAGAGUACGACGCCCGGCUGGGCGCGCAGGUCGACUCCCUCCGGCGUCUUUUUGCCAUCCUCCAGAAUCCCUCUCACGAGGUUAUUUAUCAUGCCCUUGAGGAAGAUUCCAUGGAAGAUAAAAUGAUCCAUAUCUCUGAAAGAACUAAUAGGGAUGUAUUGCCGACAUGGAAGCCGCCAGCGUGUUUGUAUACCCGCUUGGAGGCGGUUUCCAUUGUGAACAGCUUUGUGGAAGAGAAUCGCUCGCGGCUAAGCGCUUCUUACGAGGCCGCGCGGUGUUUGUUGGGGGUGAUGCCGCGAAGCCUCAUUAAACACGGCAAAUAUGCCGGGCAAAUUCCCCUUUCGCAUACCUGGUAUGUGCGCUGCGCGUACUUUGGCAGGCUGCGGGAGUUUGACCUGCGCUGGGUAUUAGCCGUGCUCGCCCCUCACAACUUGGAUGAGGACGUUAAAUCCAACCCACACAGCAUCAUCGCCUAG